AGCACGUGCGCGCUAAUAACAAUACUAUAAUUUAUUCGACGAUAUUUAAUACUAUUGUACGUUGUAAAAGUAAUCAUAUUAUAUCGUCAUACACGAUAUGAUCGGUAGCUUACACUUACAGGCAUACGAUGGUUUCGUGUGUUUUUGACAUUUAAAUCGUGAUCGGAUUCUUUAAUGGUAGAAAGGCGUAUAUUAUAUGAUAAUAUAUCAUACUAAUGCGUUUCUCAAUUUUAUACUGUUCGUAUAUAAGAUAAAUUUUAUAUUAUAGGUCCAAAUAAUUAAUAAUAACUCGUAGGGUAUUAUACGACAGAACGGGAUUUGCGUAUCAAAAAAUCAUAAAAAGUAGGUAGGUAGUCAAUAGAUAUACUUGUCACAUAUUAUACAAAUGACGACAUUGACCUAAUCACAAAAGGUCGUGAUAACGGCGUGAUAUCGUGUGGUGUAAAGCUUUUGUGUGGAUAAUUUUUAAUAGUAAAAGUUUAAGUUGUUGGCCUUGAGCUCGGGGUCGUCAGAAGCGGUAUUAUAUCGACGAUAUAGCGUCAAUUCUAAUAUUUUCGGUGAGCAGCGGACGGCAGGGCAAUGUCGCUAACCAACAACCGGAAGCGUACGAACGGCGAAGUCAUGAUUAUUAGAAAAACGAAAAACAGAAAACGAGCCCAAAUCGUUAUCAGCGAACGGAAAAAAAAACACAGCCGAAAACGUGAUAACAAAAGUUGGCGUCGAGGUUAUCUGUUCGCGCGACGGUCUGGAUUUAUUGAUUUUUCCGCGGCGGUCUAGAUUCCGAGGCGCCGGUCCGUUCUGCGACGGUGAACCCCGGCCGCCGCGCCACCUUUGAUACGUGUGCACCACUGCGUUUGGCCUGGUUAUUCGCGUUCGGCGGUAUCACGCGUGGGGGGUGUACCAUUGUUGUUGUUGUUGUUGUUGUUGUUAUUUUUGUCGUCGUCGUCACCGUGUCGGGCGGUUCAGGCAGUGGCCACGACCACGGGGUUUCACGGCAAUAUCGCAUAGCAUAUUAUAACACGUCGUCAUUGUGCCGGUCGCGAUCAUGCCGAAAAAGAAACCGAUACCGGUCGAAGAUCUGGUGGUUCCACCGCAGGACACUCGGAUAUGUGGCACGAUAUGCGUGUGCCAGAUGACGGCCGUCUUGAGCAGCGUGGCCAUCGUGUACCUGACCGUGGCCAUAUACAUGCCGACCAUGCGGGAGUUCAAGUCGGGCAUAUUGGAGGAUCCGGUGGUAUGCACCACCACUAGGAACGUAUCGUCGCAGAAGUGCGACUGGAGCUCGUGCAGCGAAUGGUGCUUGAGCAAGCCGUCCGGCGGUUGCGCGCAGAUCUACGUCAACAUCCGGCAAAACGGGUCGGCGCUAUUGUUGCACAACUGUUCGCACGUCGUCAACAAAACGUGCUUCGGGUUCGACCCGGAGAACGCCAAGCGGUACACGUGCAUUCGAGACGAGUGCAAGACGCUGACCGGUACGUUCAACUGCACUGACGGCGUGUGCAUAAACAUCACGGACGCGUUCCGGUGCGAGUUCCGGAACACGGAGCCACCGCUCAAAUGCAACGAGUAUCGGGGAAAGAUCACGUGCAUGGCCAUUGCAGGCCUAAACAGUUGCACGCGGGGAGAGUGCAGUCGCAUUCUGGAGCCGUACAACUGCGACCGGCGGUGCGUAGACAUACCGACCAGGAACAAGAACGUGAUCGUGUUGAGCGGCGAUCGGACGUUUUUGGCGCGGUGCGACGCGGCCGCUCACUUGCCCGGUUACAUGGACGGCGACCCGUUACCACGGGACGUUGACGACGGCGGAAGCAGCACUGGACGUCAGCGGAUAUGGUCCGAGGAACAAGACGACGUGCUGAUCGCGUCGUGCAUGAGCGUGGUGUUGGGAGGGUCCGCUGGAGAUCUGUUGGCCACGGACUGCGUCAACGGGUCGCUGCUGCGGCAAGACGUGCUGGCCGACUUCGCAAACUUCUCGCACCUGACCAAUCUAAACGCGCAUAACGACCGGCCGAUCGUUGCCGGCGAUUUGGUGGCGCCUCGCGAACACAAGCUGCUCAUCGCAAAAGACAGCCACCUGCACAUCAACCUGGAGGGCUGCGUUAACACGCUCCGCGGCGAGUGCGACGUGUUUAUCCGGCGAUAUGGCAAGGACGGUUCCGAUCACAACGCCCGCGCCAGGUUUCGAUGCUACUACGCCACCGACAUACCCGAGCUGGCCGUCGUUCGGUUCGAUCUGGGCCGCACUUACAAGGAGUUCCUAGUAGCGUCCGUGGUACCGGUAGUCAUGCUCGUCAUAUCUUGCUUAACGCUCAUCCUUUGCCAGCGGACGGUCGAGGUAGGCGACGACGCCAAGAUGCGAUUCAAGCGCAAAAGCAUCAGAACGCUGUUUCCGCUCAAUGACCGCGAGCUAGACAGCAUCGCAGGCCGCCGACCAUCCACCGUCGACUUGGACAACACGUCUCUCUGAGAUUCGCUACGCAUUCCCCUCUUACAAGAUAGCCCUACUCGUCAGCAACAGAUGUAUUCGUUGCCAGACUAUUAGAGCUUACAUUUCACCAUGAUCCGGA